AUGUUUUGCCUUGUCAAAAAGUCGACAAAAAGUGCCGCCAUUUUGAGCAGGGUGGUGCAAUACUUUUGAUACCCUAGUGUAUAAUACUGAAAAGGCCUCCAAAAACCAAGAUAAAUGUGGAAAAAAGAAAAAAAAGAAGUAAAGGGUUACGGGGUUUAAAAGAGUGUUUCAAGUUUUAGGUAGUUAUAUGUUUUGUAAAAGUUUUUCAACUAGUUCUAAACAAAACGAACUUACUUUAAUAGUGAAACUAAGAAUUGAAGAAUUUUAAACUUUUUGGAGACCUGCGAAACUUAAAAACUAUAGGUAACAAUCGAAAUCCCAAUCCUAACUUCAUGCUAUUGUCAAGGAUACGGGUUGAAGUGAAUGCGCACGCGCAUGAUGUUGCCGCUGUGUGCAUUCGCCGAAGCGUGCUCCCACACCACGCGAGACAAAAUGGCUACCAAGACAAACCUAGGUGUCCAGGAGCAAGUAUAUCAAUACCUUCUUGAUUGUAAAUUUACAAGAGCUGCAAAAUGGUUUUCAAGAGAAAGUGGCACAAAACCUAAAGAUGGCAAUGAAUCAAUCAUAAAAGAGGUACUAGAGCACUAUUCCACUUGCUCAAAUAUCAACACAGCAUCAGAACCACCUGCAAAAAAGGCAAGACUUGACCCUAAAGGCAAAACACCAAAGUCAAAAGGAAGUAAGCUGGCAGCUCCAAAGGCUGCAAGCACACCAGCUGUCACUGUAUCUAAGAAGAUAAGUAAAUCAAGCGACGAUUCAUCUUCUGAUUCAUCAUCGGAAAGUGAAAAUGAAGCAGCAAAAAGCAAAAGCAACACCAAAACGCCUAAGAAAUUUACCAAAGUCGCCAAAAAGAAAGGAUCCAGCUCAGAUUCUUCAGAGGAUAGCUCAUCUGACAGUGAUGAGGCUAAGAAAGAACAAAAUAAGGUUCAAAAGACAAAAUCCCCACAAAAAUUACCUGCAAAAAAGGCAAAAAGCUCAAGUAGCAGUUCCUCGGACAGCUCUUCAGAUGAUGAUGAUGAUAAGAAGGGAGCAAAAUCAACUCCAGCUCCAAAAGUAGCUGCAAAAAAGGCAAAAAGUUCAAGCAGUAGCUCUUCUGACAGUUCCUCAAGUGACGAUGACAAGAAGGCAGCCAAAUCAACUCCAGCUCCAAAAGUAGCCGCAAAAAAGGCAAAAAGUUCAAGCAGUAGCUCUUCUGACAGUUCCUCAAGUGACGAUGACAAGAAGGCAGCAAAAUCAACUCCAGCCCCAAAAGUAGCUGUAAAAAAGGCAAAAAAGUCCAGUAGUAGCUCUUCUGACAGUUCUUCAAGUGACGAUGACAAGAAGGCAGCAAAAUCAACUCCAGCCCCAAAAGUAGCUGCUAAAAAGGCAAAAAAGUCCAGUAGUAGCUCUUCUGACAGUUCCUCAAGUGACGAUGACAAGAAAGCAGCCAAAUCAACUCCAGCUCCAAAAGUAGUUGCAAAAAAGGCAAAAAGUUCAAGCAGUAGCUCUUCUGACAGUUCCUCAAGUGAUGAUGACAAGAAGGCAGCAAAAUCAACUCCAGCUCCAAAAGUAGUUGCAAAAAAGGCAAAAAGUUCAAGCAGUAGCUCUUCUGACAGUUCCUCGAGUGAUGAUGACAAGAAGGCAGCAAAAUCAACUCCAGCCCCAAAAGUAGCUGCAAAAAAGGCAAAAAAGCCUAGUAGUAGCUCUUCUGACAGUUCCUCAAGUGACGAUGACAAGAAAGCAGCCAAAUCAACUCCAGCUCCAAAAGUAGUUGCAAAAAAGGCAAAAAGUUCAAGCAGUAGCUCUUCUGACAGUGCCUCAAGUGAUGAUGACAAAAAGGCAGCAAAAUCGACUCCAGCUUCAAAAGUAGCUGCAAAAAAGGCAAAAAUUUCAAGCAGUAGCUCUUCUGACAGUUCUUCAAGUGACGAUGACAAGAAGGCAGCAAAAUCAACUCCAGCCCCGAAAGUAGCUGCAAAAAAAGCAAAAAGUUCAAGCAGUAGCUCUUCUGACAGUUCCUCAAGUGACGAUGACAAGAAGGCAGCAAAAUCGACGCCAGCCCCAAAAGUAGCUGCAAAAAAGGCAAAAAAGUCCAGUAGUAGCUCUUCUGACAGUUCCUCAAGUGACGAUGACAAGAAAGCAGCAAAAUCAACUCCAGCCCCAAAAGUAGCUGCAAAAAAGGCAAAAAAGUCUAGUAGUAGCUCUUCUGACAGUUCCUUAAGUGACGAUGACAAGAAGGCAGCCAAAUCAACUCCAGCUCCAAAAGUAGUUGCAAAAAAGGCAAAAAGUUCAAGCAGUAGCUCUUCUGACAGUUCCUCAAGUGAUGAUGACAAGAAGGCAGCAAAAUCAACUCCAGCUCCAAAAGUAGCUGCAAAAAAGGCAAAAAGUUCAAGCAGUAGCUCUUCUGACAGUUCCUCAAGUGAUGAUGACAAGAAGGCAGCAAAAUCAACUCCAGCUCCAAAAGUAGCUGCAAAAAAGGCAAAAAGUUCAAGCAGUAGCUCUUCUGACAGUUCCUCAAGUGAUGAUGACAAGAAGGCAGCCAAAUCAACUCCAGCUCCAAAAGUAGUUGCAAAAAAGGCAAAAAGUUCAAGCAGUAGCUCUUCUGACAGUUCUUCAAGUGACGAUGACAAGAAGGCAGCAAAAUCAACUCCAGCCCCGAAAGAAGGUGCAAAAAAGGCAAAAAGUUCAAGCAGUAGCUCUUCUGACAGUUCCUCAAGUGACGAUGACAAGAAGGCAGCAAAAUCAACUCCAGCCCCAAAAGUAGCUGCAAAAAAGGCAAAAAAGUCCAGUAGUAGCUCUUCUGACAGUUCCUCCAGCGAUGAGGACAAAAAAGUGACAAAGUCAACUGCAACACCAAAAGUAGCUGCAAGAAAGGCAAAAAGUAGCAGUUCUUCGGAUAGCUCUUCAAGUGACGAAGAGAUGGCUCAAGUCAAGGAGACAACAGUGGCAAAGAUUGUCCCUAAAAACGGUCCAGUGACGAAGGUUACCAGCAAAGAUGAUUCGUCGGACUCUUCUGAAUCCGAAAGUAGCGAAGAUGAAUCCAAGAGCAAAAAUAACAAGAAAUCUAUGGAAGUAGAAAAAUCAGUCAACAAACUAGAAAAUGCGAAGAAGGAUUCGGAUUCUUCUUCAGAUUCUGACAGUUCAGACGAGGAAAAUUCUAAGAAAGAGAUUAAAUCAACUCCGGUUUCAAGUAAAAAGCAGCAAGAAUCGUCAGAUUCCGAAUCUAGCUCAUCAGAAGAUGAAGAAGUAACAAUAAAGAAUAAAGUGCUGAAUGGGAGUUACGCCCCGCAAUCUGCCGGAAGCAAAAGAAAACAUGAAUCGACUUCUUCAGAAUCUUCUUCUUCCGAAUCUGAGGAUACAAAGCCUAUUAACAAGACAGUUGGUGCGAUUACACCGGAAGUGAAGAAAUCAGCAAAUGCGUUCAACACUCCUUUGACGGCACCUGCUUUAGGUGGUAAAGAUAAAAAGAAGAAGCAAGUAAAAACAAAUACGCCAUUCAGACGUGUCGUUGAUGAGGAGGUUGAGGUUCGCCGCGAUUUGACAGACAACAGUUUUGAAGCGAGGAGAGGAGCAACUGGGGACUGGGGAGAGAAAGCCAAUCAUGACUUAAGACAUACGAAAGGGAGAUCUUUUAGGCACGAGAAAACGAAGAAAAAGCGCGGGAGCUAUCGAGGGGGACUCAUAAGUACUAGUAUUAAUUCAAUUAAAUUCGAUAGUGAUUAAAUGCGUAACGAUUUUACCGUUGGUUUUUACGAUUUGGUUUACGUUUCGUAUUUCUAGAAGGUUAAAAGACUGUAAUAAUUUUAGUAUAUCAUCUUUUAGGCUGAACUUAACCAAAGGGCCUGUGUUCUACACAGGGGUGGACUGACAUGUUCUUGGUCCUUCGGCCCAUGUGCUGGCCGGGCCUCUAGAGGAUAACAAAGGACUGGAAACAAAUAGAGCUUGGCCAACUAUAGCGCCCAGGCCCCGGUCCUCGUUGGGACCCGUCCGAAUAGGGACACCAAACAAAAAUCAUGAAAUAAAUCAAUGUCCUUAACUAAUGCCAGUCGCUGGUUUCUUGUUGACCUGUACUUGCGAAUUUUGGAAUUCAGUUCAUUAGUGACCUGAUGCUAAAGGCCUUAAGAAGGACCGACUAGACAAUAAACAUUAAAGCCACAGGUUGAUUUGAAACUUUGUUGUAAAAGGAAUUUCAGAUUGUUGCUCAUAAAAAAAAUGUUUUUGUUCCUGGGUUUAAUGAUGUGUUCAGGGGCAUUUGUACAGUACUAAUAAGGUUUGAAAGUUUUGUCACAAAACAGGUUCUGUGGAUAUCUUGUCAUGAAGUUCCUGUUGUUUUACAGAUUUCAGUUAUGUUAAUGUUCACGUUUUGCGUUGACUGGUAAUCAAUGUCGAUUGUAAUACUUAAUGUAAUCAAUACAUCUCAUUACCCCCUCCCCCUACACCUCUUGUACCCUCCGAAUGCCCCCAAUCUCUAAAAAAGUUGAUUUGAGAUUAGUUUGAUUAGUUCGACUACGAGUGGCUAUUUUAAAAUACUUUUUCUGUUUUCGUUCCUGGUUCAAGUCAGCAAGGCAACGAGGAACCACUAAUAUAUAACUAUUGCUUUGGAAGACAUAUAUUAUGUAUGAAAUUUUUAAGAUAUUUUAAUUAGCCAGCUACUACAAUUUCAUUCAAGAGAACCUUUUUUCUUUGCAAUUGAUAGCAAAUGAUUCUUGUACGUGACAUAUUCUUAAGACUCUGAAAUUUUGCUCGUAACUAAACAUUUGUAAUGAUUGUAAUCAAAUGUCUUGUCAUUUAAUUGAUAGAAAAUCAUACAAGGAUGUUGUCUUUUUCCUUCUUACUCUAAAGGCC